AUGGGGGCCUCUACAGACAGACGCUCUGCACCGCUGGCGGCGGGGCGACCGAAGGAACUCAAAAGGCACAAGCAGCAGCAGCAGCAGCAGCAGCAGCAGCAGCAGCAGCAGCAGCAGCAGAAGCAGCAGCAACAGGAGAAGAAGCAGCAGAAGCAGCAGAAAAAGCAGCAGCAGCAGCACUCUGAGGCAGCAGCAGCAACAAACACAGACGAAGAAGAGUGUGGAUCGAUAGACAGCAGCAGCAGCAGCAGCAGCAGCAGCAGCGGCAGCAGCAGCAGCAGCAGCAGGAGGAGAAGAAGCAGCAGAAGCAGCAGAAAAAGCAGCAGCAGCAGCAGCACUCGGAGGCAGCAGCAGCAACAAACACAGACGAAGAAGAGUCUAGCGACUCCUCCUCAGCAGCAGCAGCAGCAACAGCAGCAGCAGCAGCAGCAGCAGAACCAUCAGCAGCAGCAGCAGCAGCAGCAGCAGCAGCAGCAGCAGGAGAAUCUGAGCUGUUUGCUGCAGUAG